AUGUCGUUUACUUCGAUUCCCAUCUUGGAUCUGGCCGAGGCCAACGACCCGGCGACCAAGCCCGAGUUUCUGAGGCAGCUGCGCCAUGCGCUGAUGGAGGUGGGCUUCCUGUAUCUCAAAAACGUUGGCAUCCCGGACAGCCUGUUUGAGCAGGUGAUGGAGCAGGGCAAGGCAUUCUUUGACAUUCCCGAAGAAGAAAAACUCAAGAUUGAAAUGAAGAAUGCGCCCUCCUUCCUUGGCUACUCGCGCCUCUCUGCCGAAAUCACCGCCGGGCAGGUCGACCACCGGGAGCAGAUCGAUCUGUCCACCGAGCACCCCGUCCCCGGGCCCUCGGCUCCGCUCUACCACAACCUCCUCGCGCCCAACCAGUGGCCGGCCGAGGCCGCGCUGCCCGGCUUCCGCGCCGUCUACGCCGACUACAUGGCGCGCAUGGGCCGCAUCUCAAUCGCCUUUACCUCGCUCAUCGCCGAGGCCAUCCGGCUGCCCGCCGACGCCUUUGACCGGUACUUUGACGCCGACCAGCAGCACAAGCUGAAGAUUGUCAAGUACCCCGACACCAGCACACUCGGGCUGCCCGCCUCGGCAGGGUCUGGCCAGGGCGUCGGCCCGCACAAGGACAGCAUGCUGACGAGCUACCUCUUGCAGGCGACGCCGCACCGCGGGCUGCAGGUGCAGAACGUGUCGGGCGCGUGGAUCGACUGCCCGCCCCUCGCGGGCACGCUCGUCGUCGCCAUCGGGCAGGGGCUCGAGGCGCUCACGCAGGGCGUGUGCGUGAGCACGACGCACCGCGUGCUGUCGCCCGCGGCCGGCGCUGGCGCGCGCUUCUCGAUCCCCUUCUUCCAGGGCGUCAAGCUCGACGCCGCCUUUGACGACCUCGAGACGGUGGGCGUCGGCGCCGUGCCGGACGAGGUGCGCGAGCAGCGGCGGCAGGUCGUGGCGCGCAGCGGCGGCGGCAGGGUCGACGACGUCGAGUUUACGUUUCGCAAGGGCGGCGCGGCCAGGACGCUCGGCGAGGCGACGCUGCGGAACCGCGUCAAGAGCCACCCGGACGUCGGGGAGCGCUGGUAUCCGGACAUUCUGCGCGAGAUCCGCGCGGAGCAGGCCCAGAAGCAGGUCGAUGACAAGACGACGACGCACCAGGAGGGCCUAAUGCAUGGGUCGUCGAUUCCGGGAGCCAAAGUGGAGGCUCACUGA